ACAGCCAAAGAGAGGAGAAGAUGCUUUUUCUCUUUCCUGCAGCUGUUCAGCCCUUACGCUCAUUUCUUUUCUCUCAGCACCACAAAGGCGACACUUGCCGGCUUUACAGACGGAACGGACGGAGUUGAUCAUUUAUCAUCACUCGCCGAACUGUGGACCACCCCGCGUCGGUAUGGGUGCGCUGAAUAAAGGACGCCACGUUUAUACUGCGGCUCUUCUACUUUGUGUUUAUUGCACGUCAUCCGUCAUCUCCAAAGGUGCUACAGGGGAUGCUCAGCCAGGCAUCCAACCCGCAGUGCAGAGCACCCUGCCGCACUUCAUUCAGGAGCCAGAGGACGCCUACAUAAUCAAGAGCAAUCCCAUUAAACUGCGCUGUCGAGCCACACCUGCCUUGCAGAUCUUCUUUAAAUGCAAUGGAGAAUGGGUUCACCAGAAUGAGCACUUCUCCCAUGAGUAUAAGGACCUCAACACUGGACUCAAGGUGCGAGAGGUGAUGAUCAACGUGUCCCGUCAGCAGGUAGAGGAUUUCCAUGGCCCAGAGGACUUCUGGUGUCUCUGUGUGGCGUGGAGUCACCUAGGUACCUCCAAGAGUCGCAAGGCUACUGUUCGCAUUGCCUACCUGAGAAAAAACUUUGAGCAGGACCCCCAAGGGAAGGAAGUGCCAAUCAAUGGGAUGAUCGUUCUGCACUGUCGCCCUCCAGAGGGAGUGCCUGUGGCAGAGGUGGAAUGGUUGAAGAAUGAAGAGGUGGUCAAUUCCCAAACCGACGACAACAUCGACACUAGGGCAGACCACAACCUCAUCAUUAAUGAGGCUCGUCUCUCGGACUCGGGCAACUACACCUGCAUGGCCAGCAACAUUGUGGCCAAGAGACGCAGUACUACAGCCACUGUGACAGUCUUUGUUAAUGGUGGCUGGUCCCUGUGGACAGAGUGGUCACCUUGUAAUGUGCCAUGUGGGCGAGGUGUGCAGAAGAGAUCGCGUACCUGUACCAACCCAGCACCGCUGAACGGUGGAGCUUUCUGCGAGGGAAUGUCUGUGCAGAAGAUAUCAUGCAACGCCCCAUGUCCAAUCGAUGGAGGCUGGGGUGAAUGGAGUGAAUGGACCAUAUGCAGCAGCCAGUGUGAAAGACAGCGAAGUCGAGAGUGCAACUCCCCAGCACCCAAACACAGAGGCAAGAUGUGUGACGGGAGCUCAGAGGCCACUGAGAACUGCACAGAUGGACAGUGUACCCAGAAUCGAAAGCUGCUACAUGAUGUUAAACCUCAAAGUGUGGACAGUUCCAAUGACGUGGCUCUGUACUCUGGCUUGGGAGCUGGUAUUAUUGCCGUGGGUAUUCUGGUAGUGGCUGUCAUGCUGUACAGGAAGAACCAGAGCGAGUAUGGCGUAGAUGUCAUUGAUUCCUCUGCGCUUGCCGGAGGGUUUCAGUCUUUUAACUUCAAGACCACCAGACAAGGAAACCCCUUACUUCUCAACUCCUCUAUUCCGCCAGACUUAACUGUGGGACGCACCUAUAGCACUUCCCUGUGCUUCCAGGACGGUGCAGACAAAGAGCUUUUUGACCCCUUGCCAGACAUCAAAGUGAAAGUGCAGAGCUCAUUCAUGGUCUAUGGUGUGGUGGAGCGGUCCGAGCUCCAUGCCAAAGCCCCCGUUGAGACUUUCCCACGGGACCUGAGCCAGGAUUACUGCAGCUCAAUGGACAGACGCAAUAAAGGUCUACUCACCUUCAAUGGACCUUUGAGCAUCAGUAAAGAGCAGCUGAGGACUACUGGUGUGUUUGGUCUGCCCGGAGGACGGCUGGUGCUGCCGAACACUGGAGUCAGCCUGCUGGUGCCUCAUGGAGCUGUGGCUGAAAAUAUGUCCUGGGAGAUGUACAUGGUGAUCAGUCUGGGAGAGGCAAGUGUCAGUACUCUGGAAGGCUGUGAAAUCCUCCUGAGCCCCGAGGUGAUGUAUGGUCCUCCCGGUCUGGACCUAUCCUGCCCAGUGGCCAUGACCCUGGCUCACUGUGCUGAGGUAGACUCUGAGAACUGGAACAUUCAGCUCAAGAGGAGGACCCAGGGCAGUAAAUGGGAGGAGGUGAUGUUGGUGGAGGAUGAGUCUACUUCAUGUUACUGCCUAAUGGACUCGACAAGCUGCCACUUGCUGCUCAACCAGCCAGGCUCCUACGCCCUCGUGGGCGAGCCCCUGACACAGGCUGCCAUCAAGAGGCUAAAGCUGGCUGUGUUCGGGAACAUGGAGGGCACUUCUAUGAACUACAGCCUGCGGGUGUACUGUGUGGAUGAUACGCCACAUGCCUUUCAGGGAGUGGUGGCAGCUGAGAAGAGUAGAGGGGGUCAGCUUCUCGAGGAGCCGAAGAUGUUGCCUUUUCGAGCGAACACCUUCAGCCUACAGGUGUCUAUCCAGGAUGUCCCCCAGUUCCUUUGGCGCAUCAAACCCUUUACCACCUGUCAGGAAUUCUCCUUCCCUCAAGUGUGGUGCAGCAACCGGCAGCCUCUGCACUGUGCCUUCUCUCUGGAGAGAUACAGCCCAGGCACCACGCAGCUCUCCUGCAAAAUCAGCGUGCGGCAGGUCAAAGGCCAUGAACAGAUUCUGCAGGUUUACACAGCUGUUGGCAAGACUGAAAAGGAAUUGGUUCCAAUUUUCAUGCAGACAGACUGCACCAUCACCUCUCAGACGGGGCCCAAGGCUUUCAAAAUCCCCUUAUCCAUCCGCCAGAGGAUUUGCGCCACCUUUGACACUGCCAACGCCAAGGGCAAGGACUGGCAACUCUUAGCCCACAAACUCCACUUAGAUCGAAACCUUGCUUAUUUUGCAAAGCAGCAGAGUCCCUCAGCCGUCAUACUGUGCCUAUGGGAGGCUCGCCACCAGGACACAGCUGACCUUGACUCUCUUGCCAGUGCCCUUGAGGAAAUUGGCAAGAUUCACCCCAAAAGUUCCCCCAGGGAUCCGGAUGAGCAGGAGACUGACUUGAAUCAAAUGCAGGAGAGCAGUCUGAGAUGAAUCUCCACAUUUGCAAAUCAUAAGGCAGAAGGUUCAGCAUCUCAAUAUCCAGGCUGAAGGAAGAACAUCAAGCUGUCUUGAGUACACACAAUGAAGUGUGGUGGUGUGGCGCAAUGUGUCAAUGUAGACACAAUGAUCUGUCUCAACAUGGAGAGAUUCGGCUUUACCUGCUGUGGAUUCUACUACUACUGUCCUCUUUAUUAAGCAGCCUACUACCGCUACUGCUAAUCAACUUCACUUUAUUCUUUGUUUACAACUUAAUUUUAUGUAUUCCGUCCUAGUGGAUUGGUCGGAGAGACAGAUAUUGUGUGUCUAGUAGUUUUUGAUUUGCCGUGAGAACAAACGCGAUAUCCACCUUAGUAUUGGCAGAAGAUACUAAUUGCAUACAGUAAAUGUUGUAUUUGUGAAAAUUCAAAGAAUUGGAUCAUAUUCAUCUCUUAAAACUGUCCUGAAGAUCUAGUUCUAUUUUCAGACUUUGAGCAUAAUAUAUGUUGUAUGAUAAAAUGAUGGUAUACUUUCCAUCAUCUUCGCCACAGGUGUCAAACUCAAGGCCCGGGAGCCAGAUCCGGCCCGCCACUUGAUUUUAUGUGGCCCGCGAAGGAAAAUAAUGUGUGUCAACUUCCAUGAUUCUUGUUCAAAUCUGUCAUAUAUCAUAAGUGAUAAUGUUGAGAUACUGCAAGCAUUUUUGCGUUACCAAACAUGAACAAUAGUUGAAAAACCCAUUACCCUUGAUUUCUGAUUCCAAAACUAUUUCAUAAAUUGCGCGUGUAAAUAUGAUGAGGCGAUUAAAGAUUUUUAUGGUUUCACAGUCAUAAUGGCCCUCUUGAGGGAAACCAUAACUACAAUAUGGCCCGCGACAAAAAAGAGUUUGACACCUCUGAUCUACACUAUGGCAGCAUGGUUAGAGAGUGACUGCCUGACAUUCUCGCAUUGUCCAGUGGUUGAGUGAUUGCAUAUCGCGUUUUUACAGAGUUUUUUUCACUGCCUGAAAAAGGGAGCUGUCGGGGCUACAUGACUGUGGCUUAUCAACCAAUUACACCGUUAAGAGCUGUCACGUUGACUUCACAUGAGCACACCAAACAAAAUUCCAUGCAUCUCCAUUUUCCUGGGGUAGCAGGAAGACUCGAAAACUGGAAAUAAAAUAUAUUCACAAUAUAUUUUGACACCCCCAAAGGUUUGAGAUUAUUCCGACUGUGCUAGUCCGAUCACAGAUCAGAACAGUAAAAAUCAAUACAAUAAAACAGGUAGGAAUUGCAGAAAUACACUACUCCAUAUUACUCUGUUAGUUUCUGUUUAGUUUUCUUUCCAUAUCAUUGUUAUAUUUGACAGACUUAUUAAGUUCACCUAAAAAGAGGAAAGGCACGUGGCGUUUAUAAAUGAUUACAUUAAUGAAUUAUUUACUGACUGCGGGAAGAAAUUAGUAUACCGUAUAUUGACUGACCUUUGCAACCAACCAAGUCAAAUAAUUUAAAUCUUUCCAAAUUGCAUGGUUAGUGCCUUAACCGAAUAUAAACCAUACAAUGUCGUUGCCAUGAAGUAACAUAAAUGUGUGUUGAAGGCAACACAUUAGGUAUAUGUACGGUAAAUUUCCUUCAGAGCAACAAAAUAUACUGAAUAUCAGGAAAUUAACAAUCACAGUACUUGUGACCAUGUGCAGGCAUACUGAAUGAUUAAUGGAGUUACGUGAAGGAGCUGCAUGCUCCUAUGUAACACCUGGUUCAUCAGUGUUAUUCGGGAAAUUGGUAAUUAACAGUCUGUGUUAACCGGUGUCAAAACAUCUUCACUUAAAAAUUUAUUACGCACUUGAAAUUUGGAGCCGCACUUUAGAUGUAUGCCUUACGGUUUGUUUAACAAAUAUUCUCUGGGAAAUAGCCAGUGGCGACUGCUUGGAAAAGGGGAGGCACUAUUGUGGUAUAGUUGGAAUUCUAUCCAUCCAUCCAUCCAUCCAUUUUCUGAGCCGCUUCUCCUCACUAGGGUC